AGAUUGCGCCCACCUACAAUCAUUCUAGACUUUUUACCUUACCUGUCCGUUUUCUCCACUUUCUAAGAAAGUUUGAAGCAAAUGUCGUGCUGAUGGAAGUGUUUAUGCUGUACUGUUGAUUUUUUAAAAAUUCUUACUAAGUUGUUCUUUUGUUUAUUGAGUUAAAAAAUGGCUAAGAAACUGAGAAAGUUUCUUAUAAUUCUGGAUAAUGAAAGUUUGCUCUACUUUCCUGGAUCUUUCCUAACGGGACGGGUGUUGGUCGACUUAGACGAAGACACAGCUGUUACAGGUUUAUACUUCCAUAUAGUAGGCGAAGGAGUAGUGAGACUUAGCGAUAGGGGCAGUGGGGGUCAUCAUAAUGACAAAGAAAAUUACAUCGACUUUCGGAUGAAGCUUUUAGGAGAAAGUAAUAAAAGAGAAGGUUCUGAAAGAACAGUUGAAUCUGAUCGAAUGAUUAUUCUUUCUCCUGGUGUGCAUUCUUUUCCAUUUAAACUAGGCCUACCUCUUGGCCUACCCUCUACGUUUCUAGGCAAGCAUGGGUGGGUUCAAUAUUUCUGCAAGACGGCACUCAAAGAACCAUCUGGGCUGACUCACAAAAAUCAACAAGUUUUUAUUGUUAUGAACCCAAUCGACUUAAAUUUAGAACCAUCAUUAUUAAUGCAACCAUUUCACUGUGAAGUUGAAGAUACUCUGGGAAUACCUUGCUUGAAUGCUGGUCCAGUUUCUUGUCGAGUAAGGUUAGAUAGAGGAGGAUACGUGCCAGGAGAAAGCAUAUGUCUUUUUGCCACCAUAGACAAUGGAAGUAGAAUCACAAUCAAAAAAACAAAAGCCAUUCUCACAGAAACUAUCCAAUAUACUGCUAAAAGUAAAAUUGUUCAAUCAGAAACGAGGGAGCUGGCUUCCCUUCAAAAAGGAAAAAUCGAUCCUGGUACAACUGACCACUGGAAAAAUGAAAUGCUUUAUAUUCCGCCUCUUCCCCCAACCAAUCUAAGAGGAUGCCAUCUCAUCAAAAUACAAUACGAUGUAUAUUUCAUUCUGGAGCCAAAAGGAGUCGACAGGUUAUUAAAAUUACAGUUGCCAAUAAUGAUAGCCACCUAUCCUAUAAGAAACAGCGACGGCACCUUACAACGUCGAAAAGGAACAAGCUACCCAUCAACACUGCCAAUAUUUAGACCAUGGUUGAACACUAGCAAACUGAAAUGAAAUCAACAGUUUCAAUCUUAGCAUUGCAUCCUGCCAUGAGACAUAAAAUAUAGAGCUUGUAUUGUACAGACUAAGCGACACUAUUCAUAUAGUGUUUUAAAUGUUUUUGUUUUUUUAAUAUCAAAGGUGCUUAAUGACUUUGCAUUCGAAAAUCAUGAAAAUAAAGUUCCUCUGUAUAUUAGAUUCGGAAAAAAAUGUUACAUGACCCGAGAAUUACAAUUUUGAUACAAAAACCAUGAACUUACUAUUUAAAAAAAUCUAUAAAAUGAAACUAAAAUCAAUCCACCUCUAUGUCGUUUUAGAGGAAAAGGGUCAUUUUUGAUGGAAAAAUAUAUCUUGUUUAAUAUCAUAGAAGAGUCUUUUUACAAUACAAUCAAUAUUUAAAAGAAAAACCGAUUCUGCGUAUAACGUCAAAAAAAGGGGUAACGCCUCUUUUAAAUUUAAGAUACCUGCUAAUUCAAAGGCAUUUACUUUAGAGGUUAGUUGAUUGUUGCAAACAGUAACUAUUUAUGUUAUUACUGUUUCUAAAACAUGUAUGUCAAAGACAACAACUAUAAAAACAUGGAGACUAAAGUUACCUCUCAGUAUGGGGUAACUGAAAUCAGCUGUAAGAAUGGGAUAUUCCGCUUGCAUUCAUUGAUGAUAGUGCCGUAGCAAACUGGUAAAAUAAAUGUACAUUACUGCUCAAAACAAUUAUUGUUAAAAAUAAAAGUGAGAAAAAUUUCUUUUAUUUUUUGACAUUUUUAAGUUUAAUUAAUUUACACUAAGUACUUCAUAAAAUGUAGUUAUCUAGGUUCAAUAAAUAAGCUCAAAUAAAAUAGUAAUGCUUAAUCUAUUGAUUGUGACAUCAGGCUACAGUAGCUACAGUGACAUCAAUAUUUAUAUCCACCUUACCAUUUACUAUCAGGAGCACAUAAAUAGUUUCUUUCAAUUUAGAGCAUUUCCGAAGGAAAAUAAAAUUAUCCUUAUUUUAUCCUAGCCAUAAAAGUAUCGUUUGAAAUCAGUUUUAAAGAUUUUUAUAUGAAACUCAACUUAAAAUUACGAGUAUGGUGAGUAGUUAUAAAAUGUUAACACGUGAUCAAAAACUUCCAUAAAACAUGGAACUGAUGACUUGAAUGUUCACAAUUUUUCAGCAAAAUGGUUAUAGUUACCCCGCUGUCUUAUGUAACCCCAGAUCAGGGUAUAAGUGUCUUUUGUUUGUUUGUUAGUUUUGAUGAUUUUAGAAGAAAUUAUGAAUAAUUAAAGUUUUAAAUUUUAGAGACUCUUAAGCAUACACGCUAAAGUAAUACGAAAAUUCUGUUUAUAUUAUAUAGCUAGCAUAUGAAAUGUUAAAUAUUUAAAGGCAUUUUCCUGCUAUUGUUAUCUAUCUCGAAGUUCCAUUAUUCAUUUAGUCAGUCACACCUAAUUGCUAUGUACAUUAGGUGUCAAGCUUACAUAAUCUUGCAAAAAUUGCAAAAUUAAACCUUCAGAAUUGUAUUUCUCGGUACAUUUAUCUGUUUUUUGCUUUUGCUUCAUCUUGUGCAAGGUUUUGUUUUUGAUUUUUUGCUAUACAAAUUUUGUGUUGCAAGGCAAUCGCCUAUUUGUUGACGAAUGUGUCCCGGUAGACAGAGUCAACAAAUAGUCGGGGGAAAAAUUACCUUAUUGUGGCUGCAUUAUUUAAAAAGAAACUCUGAACAUGUUCCCUUUUAACAGCUUAAUGUAUUUUCAGCUGCUUUAUGUUUACUCAAGUAGUUUUAAAAUAAUUUCCUUUCAGAUGAACCCUAUUGAAAAUAGUUUUAGUAGAUGAGUAUUUGAUGGAACAUUCGUAGUCUUUUUAAUCUAUAGCAAAAAAAAACUAUUAAGAUAAUAUUGAAAAAUUCUUGAAAAAAUUCUAUUGAGAAACUUAACUAUUAACAAGCUUUUAUAAUAAACAAUGUUCUUACAAAAAUUAUCAUCAAUUGAAAAACAUUUUUACGAAUCGAGUGAAAUUUUUGCUGCAUGUAGGAAAAAUUGGGAAGGAGGUAUGCAAAAAACGUUUAUUUAAAAAAAAAAAUAAUAAUAAUAAAAAAUUGCAAAAUAAAAAAAAAUUUCAUAUCGAAAUUGCUUAACAUUUUCAUGCUGUUUUUUUCUACCAUUUUUCUAAUAAAGGUAUAGAAUGUUAA